CGAAGUCACAAAACACACCUGAGUUCUGACGAACCCCCACGACCCCCUUUCCGCCACCGUCAGAAACCCACCCCGUCCUUCCCGUCCCUAUAAAAACACAACCGCGUCAUCCACUGCGAUAUGCAAUAGCCUCCUCCACCGUACCUCGCCACCUCUACUUGCUCCAUCCAUCACAAUGCUUUCCUACAACACCUCAGUAGCGGUCAAUGGGCAGAGGCCAUCAUCUUCCGGUGCCAUGUCGUCCGGGCGCCAGAGUAUCCCGCCUUCGCCAAAGGCCGCACGGCUGCCGACGGCGCUCUCCAAUGGCGUCAUGACCAAUGGCAGUGCCGCAUCCACGACCGAUUCCCCGGCCAAGGACCAACACAUCUGGCUCGUGACGGGGCCCGCGGGGUGUGGAAAGAGCACGGUAGCCAAGCACAUCGCGGACUCGCUUCAGCUACCCUUCGUUGAGGGUGAUGAGUACCAUCCCAAGGCCAACAUCGAGAAGAUGAGCGCCGGCAUCCCCCUGACCGACGCGGAUCGGUGGGAUUGGCUGACGGCCCUCCGCGAGGCAUCCAUCAACGAACUGGACAAGGGUAGUGACGGCGUGGUGCUGACCUGCUCGGCGCUCAAGCGCAAAUACCGCGACGUCAUCCGAGUCGCUCCCUAUUUCACGCCCAACGUGCACCUCCACUUCAUCUACCUCGACGCCCCCGAAGAGGUCCUCCUGCAAAGGGUAUCCGCUCGCCAGAACCAUUACAUGGGCGCCAACAUGGUUCACAGCCAGUUCGAAGUCCUCGAGCGGCCGACGGCCGAUGAAGUUGACGUCAUCACCAUUGACGUGACCCAAUCACAGGAGGCCGUCAAGGCGGAUGCUCUUGACCAGGCAAACAAGACUAUGGACAGCACUCGGUCAUGAAAAGGGGCCGAGCGGGAAGCUCUACGGCGAAGAAUACGCAUGGCUACGCAGCAUUGAUCUUGGUCUGCUCAGGGGAAAGGGGGCAGUAUUAACCAUACUAUUUGCAUCGGGAUAUGGAGUUGGCCUGAGUUCCGCCUUGAUUUCAUCGCAAUAUCUGAUCCUUUGGGC